AUGCCGCCACUGUACUCUCUUUGUUCUCCGGAAACUGUAACUGCAUUGGAUCCCACAACGACAGGGAUGUUUCGGAGGGGGAACACGGAAUCCACGAGCACAUGCAGCCUUCAUUUGCGAAAGCAUGUCGUCGUCUCCGACAGCGGAUGCGGCGGAGGUUUCAUGCCCUGUAUCUUGUGGUUCCUGCUUUACGUACGAGUUUAUCGAGUGUUUUAUAUUGUUGCUUGCAAAGGUGAGAUUGACGAAGAUGAGGCUUGGGGGUUGAUGAUGACACGAAGAUGCAACAGUGUUCACGUCUUGCUGAUGAAGAUUGAAGCGCAGAAAAUGAUGAUUAUAAAGAAGAUAGAUGAUUGA